UGUCAGUAAAUCAUUAUUGAGGGCACGUAACGUGGCUGCUCCACCCACUUUUACGUGCACUUUAAAGAAGAACAGUGCCAACGCGUACUCCUCAACUUAGGAUAAACGGGUGUACUCAAACAGAAAUCACUGCAGGCUUGGGAGAAUAUGCAGCUUCUUAUUUUAGGGACACUUGCCCUGUUUGUUGGGGUCACAGUUGCUGUGCCUGCACAGGAGAAGCGUGUACAUCAUAAGCCUGACCUCAGUGACCAUGUUCAUGAUGAUGCCCAUGGAUAUCAGUAUGACCACGAGGCCUUCCUGGGCAAAGAGGAAGCCAAGACCUUUGACCAGCUAAGCCCUGAGGAGAGCAAAGAGAGACUAGGAAAGAUUGUGGACAGGAUUGACACAGAUAAGGAUGGCUUCAUCAGUCAUGCUGAGCUGCACCACUGGAUCAAGCACAGGCAGAGGAGGUACAUCGAGGAGAACGUGGACAAGCACUGGAAAGAGUACGACCAGAACAAGGAUGGGAAGAUUGGCUGGAUCGAGUACAAGAACACCACCUAUGGAUAUUACAUGGAUGUAGAGUUUGAUGAUGUGGAGGAUAAGUCGAGUUACAAAGCCAUGCUCACUAGAGAUGAAAGACGGUUCAAGUCUGCAGACCGGGACGGGGACGGUGUUGCUACCCGAGAAGAGUUCACUGCCUUCCUCCAUCCAGAGGAGUUUGACCACAUGAGAGACAUUGUGAUACAGGAAACAAUUGAAGACAUUGACAAGAAUGGUGAUGGCAAGAUUGAUCUGCAGGAAUACAUUGGGGACAUGUUCAACGCUGAAAAUGGAGAGAAUGAACCAGAUUGGGUCACAACAGAAAAGAAACACUUCUCAGAGUUCAGAGACAUGAACAAGGAUGGUUUCCUUGAUGCCAGUGAAGUCUCUCAUUGGAUCCUCCCUGGAGAGGUGGACCAUGCUGAUAACGAGGCCCGGCAUCUCAUUCAUGAAACUGAUAAAGACAACGAUGGUCGUCUCUCUAUCAGUGAAAUCAUGGAUAAAAUGGAUUUCAUUAAGGUCAGUACUAUAACUGACUAUGGGACCCUGGUAGAAGAUCAUGAUGAACUUUAACCUCACUUUGACCACAAAAAGCCUGAAUGUCUCUUUAAACUAUUAAAAUAAGACAAAUGUGUUUUUUGAAGCA